AUGGACAACAUGAACUCCUUUGUGGAAUACUCUAUUUGUAACCGACAACCAACUGGCAUUUAUUCUGCGCCUAAAUCUGGAUACCACCAUCAUCACCUGCACCAUCACCUUCCCCUAGAUCAGCGUCAGGGAUUCCCCGUGAGCAUCCAAACAGGCCUCAGCGGUUCUCCUGUCCCCGGGUCCAGAAAUGACAACAGAGACGUAGGAGCGAGUUAUACCGCGGAUGGAGGGAUGUACGUGGGCGUUGGGGCGGACACCGCCAGCGGAGGAGUAAGUCAGCAUCAUCAGCAACAUCCUCCUCAACAUCACGAACAGCAUACGCACAGCGGCUACCAACAUCCAACACAUCACAAUCACCCUCAGCUUCACCAGAGCCAAAGCCUGCAGAGUGUAAUACCUUCUCCUUAUAGUAACGGCUGCAACACGGGGGCCUAUGUGGGCCAGGCAUGCACCACAAACUCGGAGUAUGUUGCUGCCACAGGCGCACCAAACUCCGUCCAUCCGCAGUAUUUCAUGGAGGAUUCUUUGGCCUCCACCUACUGUCAUCAAUCAAGCUUCCACAACUCGGCCUCAACCGUCGGCCCCAGUUACAGCUCUCUUACCGGGGUCUACUGCGGGCCUCAGCGCACCCUUGCUGGGUCACAGUACCCGCAGCAGAUCGGUGGGGGGGUUCUUGACGCAGGAGGCUACCUGGAGCUUUCGCCUGGGGGAGGCUACGGGGAGCUGCCGGUAUCUCAGGAUCGUGAAAGAGGGGACGAUGAGGUCCAGCAGGCCGGGCAGGGGCAGACCUUCGACUGGAUGAAGGUGAAGAGAAAUCCACCGAAGACAGUCAAAGUGGCCGACUACGGUCUUGCCCACAACAACGCCAUGCGCACCAACUUCAGCACGAGGCAGCUGACGGAGCUGGAGAAGGAGUUCCACUUUAGCAAGUACCUGACGCGAGCGCGGCGCGUGGAGAUCGCCGCCACGCUCGAGCUCAACGAGACGCAGGUGAAGAUUUGGUUCCAGAACAGACGCAUGAAGCAGAAGAAGCGCGAGCGGGAAGGCGCCACCGCGUCUGCGCGGCCAUUCUCCUCCUCUUCCGGUACGGGCAGCAGCUUGAACAAGGAGCUGGAAGACACUGACCGCUCUUCCGCGUCUACGUCUCCAGGCGCGUCCCCGAGCUCGGAGACAUAAUCUGGCUUUGUACCACCAUCAACCCAUUCUUAAAAGACUGCCUGUU